AGUGCCACUCGCGCUGUCUCUUACUCUUAUAUACAUACCCCACUCCAACCAGCACAGAUCAGCGUGAUCCAUGGCGGGCGGGUGCAAGGCGGCGAUCGGGUGCGUGGACGCGCGCGUGCCGGUGCGGGCCAGCUACGUCAGCCUCUACAAGUGGCCCGAGUCCGACGCCGAGUUCGUCCGGUCCGUCGCCAUGGCGCGGCGCCACCGCCAGCACCCGGACAGCCCCGCUGCCGCUGCCGCCGGGUGCUACGGCGGCGGCAGCGCCAGCAUGCGCCGCGGGGCUGGCGUCGAUGUUGGUGGAGACAGCCCGCGGGUGGUGGACAGCUACUCGUGCCGCCAGAUGUACCUCCGCAGCUACACCUUCUCGACGCGGAAGGAGACCGUGCCCGAGCGCACCAUGGCGUGCCUCGGCCGCGUCCGGGAGCGCGCCGCCGUCUUCCCCAGCUUCCUCCCGCACCGGGGCGGCGGCGGCGGGUCCGACGCCGGAAGCUCGUUCGGCAGCUCGAGCGGCGGUGGAGGCCAGUACUCCGGGAGGGAUCAAGACGGGCGCCGCGGGACUACGACCGGCGGCAGCAACGGGAGGAGGAAGCGGAGGAGGAAGAAGAAGGGGUGCGCCGUGGUGAGGAGGCUGCAGGAGGCGUCGUGCGGCGCGGUGCGGGCCAUCUUCCGCCGCCUGCUCGCCUGCACCACCACCGUCGACGUCGAGGUCGCCGAGCCGCCGCCCGGCCGGUGAAUGCCGCCAUUUGCAUGCCGGACUUAUCCUCGGUCCUUUUUUUGGCAUUCUAUUUUUCCUACCGAGUAGUAAUUAAUAUAUAUUCAGUAUAUUUUAAUCAUUUUUCUACUCGAGUUACAGUACAGUAGUAGCUUCUGUUCGUAGCAAAUGAGUAACAUAUAUAUCAUCAGCUUGUAACUUAUUUAUGAUUGUGCUAUAUUUAUUUCUUGUUACAUAUAUGCAUACAACCGGUGUGGUUACUUA